UUAUAUUUAUAAUUCCUAGAACUCCAAUCAUCUUCCUGGUCUUGAUAUCUAGCUCGUGGGUGGUAACACUGUGAUCGGGAUUUGUUGACGUAUACCAUGACACAGAAUCUGCUACGGCCAGGAGUGCGGGUUGUGAGAGGCCCUGACUGGCGAUAUGAGGUUAACAAAAAGCAGGAUGGUGGUGUCGGACACACAGGAACAAUUGUGUACGUCCCUAAACACAACACCACCGACAGGAAGGUGACAGUGAUUUGGGACUCAGGGCGGGAAGUGAGGUACCGUGCUGGCCAAGAUGGAAAGUACGACCUAAGGAUCUUCGACUCGGGACCAGCAGGUGUGAUUCAUGAAGACAUUAUCUGUGAUGGCGAAGGGUGUUCUUCUGAAUCAAAAGUCAAGGGUUUGCGGUGGAAGUGUGCCGUCUGUCACGACUUUGACCUCUGUACCCGUUGCUAUAUGGGUCAGGAGCAUGACCUAACACACGGAUUUGUGAGAAUUGAUGUGGUAAAUUCUCCUGCGGUGGCCGUCCCGCCCCGGUCUAAGACUAAGACUGUAGACUCCAUGGGUGUGUUCCCUGGGGCCAAGGUUGUCCGAGGGCCUCACUGGAAAUGGAAAAAUCAGGAUGGGUCUGAUGGAGAUGAGGGUGAGGUCAAGGAAGUAGUGACCUGGGAGUCCAGCAAACCUAAAGGAUAUAGAGGAGCAGUCAAGGUCUUCUGGAAAAGAACUGACUUUAUAGGCACAUAUCGUCUGGGGGGCGAUGGUUGUGUGGACAUUCUCUACAAGUCUAUGAGGUCACUGGGAUCCGGUGGACCCUACUAUCCCGACCACCUGCCAGUCGUGGACGUCGUCAACCCAGGAGUGGUCGCCUUGAGACCCUCGGACAAAGUAAGAGUGGCACUGGGCGUUGGGGCACUGAAACAACUUCAGGAACACCAAAUGUAUGGAGGCUGGGAUGACCAGAUGGUUCAGUGCACAAAAGAGUUGGGUACUAUCGUGGAAAUGCUGUUUGAGGGCAAAACUGUCAAAGUCCAGUAUGAGGAUGGGAAGGUGUGGCAUCUACAUAGGAGUGCCCUCACACGGAAACAUGCAUUUGCCAAGGACGAAGCUGUUGUGAUCCUGAGCAACCAUAACACUGUAAUGGGCCUACAGGACGGCCACGGUGGCUGGAACGAUGAAAUGAGUGAGACCCUUGGCCAAACCGGGCGCAUUGUGAAAAUAGACAAUGAUGGGGACAUGAGAAUUAAAAUCAAAGGAAAAAACUGGUUGUUCAGUCCUGUGUGUGUCAAUCUAGUGGAAGAUGUUUCCAUCGCUGAUGAGGUCCCGGCAAAUGAGGAUGAUGACUAUGAUAGCGACAGUGAUGACGAAUUUGAGCUGGGGGAUAGCAUGAAUGAUGUUUCAGAAGCUAUUGCUAAGGUAUUUGUGGAGAUGUUAAGAGCCCAGUCAGGAACCAAAACAGACACAACCUUCUCAAUCAACAUUGUGCAGGCUGCAGCCCAAGGUGCAUUGUCUGAUGUCCAGGCAGUGUUGAAAAAGGAUCCCUCACAGGUGGACACGACAGUUGAGGAUAAGACCGCCCUACAACUAGCCAGCUACGAAGGUCACAAGCAGGUCGUACAGCUUCUACUCCAACACAAGGCAAACAAAGACAAAGUGGAUAAGGAGGGCGACACUGCUCUGCACUAUGCCGCCUUUGGUAAAGAAGAAUCAACUAUGGAAGAGUUGCUAAAAGCUGGUGCAAAGAUUAAUGUGACCAACAAAAAGGGACAGACCGCCCUACAUGUGGCUGUCGGGAAAGGUAGUCCCAAGUGUACCCAACUACUAGUCAACAAAGGAGCUGAUGUCAAUGUCAAGGAUGGUGACGGCGAUACGGUCAUGCAUGACUGCAUCUUACAAAAACUUGGACAACCCAAUAUCCUGCAGGCAGUAUUAAAGACCACAAAUGGGGACUACCUGAGAGAGAACGGGAAAGGCUUCAAUGUGUUACAAUGGGCUGUUCUCAAAGACAAUAAUCCUGCGGUCCAGUUAAUUCUGGGAAAGAAUAAAAGAAUUGUGAAUUUGAAGACAAAAGACGGUUACACACCCUUACACAUAGCUGCUGUCAACAACCAUGCUGACCUCAUUAACACUCUUAUCAGGACGGGUGAGGCUGAUGUGAAUGCCAAGGACAAAGAAAAUAGGACGCCUCUACAUUUGGCUGUACUCCGUUGUCACAAAAAUGCUACUGAGAUCCUUGUGAAUGAAAAUUGUGAUGUGAAUGCUCAAGACGAUAACAGCAACACAGCACUUCAUCUGGCUCUAGGCAAUAGCUCACUGCCACAAGCGCUGGUACAACAGUUGGGAUUGGCUAAGCAGACAAGCAGUGAGGACGUUAGUGAAAUAAUCUGUUUCCUCCUGGAACAUCAGGCCAGUAUCACCCUGAAAAACUCGGACGCAAAGACGGCACUUGACCUCACAAGCGAUCCCAUGAUUCGAAAGUUCAUGGAAAGAUUCCAAGAAAAAAAAUCAGAUUCCAAAAGGCAGUCAAAGAAGGGGACACGUUUCCCAGCACAUUGGGAGUCUAUGACGACUGAACACAUGCGUAUCAUCUUGAAGAGUAAUGGGGGAGGAAUAAUCAAGAUGGAGUAUGAAAAUGUGGUAAAGAAAUUUGCUCGUUCACUACCACAAGCUCGUGUACUCAAAGUGGAACGAGUACAGAGCAAGUUCCUUUGGGAAGUCUACUACAUGACAAAGCGUAAAUUGGAGCGACAGUAUGGUGGAUUUGGCACUGCCAAUGAGCGUGAACUAUUUCACGGUACAAUACCUGAUGUUAUAGAUGUCAUCUGCAAACAAAACUUUGACAUGCGCCUGGCUGGGGGUCGUAUUGGAACUCUCCUUGGCAAGGGAACCUAUUUUGCAGCAGAAGCCAAAACAUCAGAUGGCUAUGCUUCACCGGACGGAAAUCGUCACAAAUUUAUGUUUUUGGCUAAAGUCCUGGUGGGAAAAUCUUGCGUGGGCAACAGCGAUUAUUCUCGGCCUCCUUCCCAGGACCCAAGUGAUCCUCAGGCAGUACUGCAUGAUAGCUGCGUGGACAACACCAGAGAUCCCCGCAUCUAUUGUGUGUUUGAUAACAACCAGUACUACCCAGAAUAUCUCAUCGAGUAUGUCUAGCUUAUAUGUACAAUGUAUGACACAACAAGGUUUACAGCAUUUCUUUGUCUUAAAUUAUGUCCCAAUACAUGAUUAUUGUAAAUAAAAUGUCAGUGAAUUUUUAUGAAAGUUGGAUAUCAAUGGAACAACUUUGAAAUAGAUUUUCAUUCAUCUGUGCCAAAUUAACCUAUCAACUUGAUUACAAUGAAACCUCUCGUGGUCCUUGAGGAACAUGAGAAGAGAUGCAACAACAAGAUGGCUUCCACCAUGGCCUCUGAUUGGCUGAUCAGGUGCUUUAUGAUUAAGGUAUAAUGGGUAAACAUUGUUCUUUCUUUGUGAAAAUGAUACAUAGGGGUUAUAUACUUUACAUGAGAUAACUAACUUAUUGAAAUUGCUGUGGGAAUUUGUCUGAACCUCUGGGAACUGUCCAGGGAGUUAUUGUAUAGGGAUGUCUUAGUUUUCAAACUACACUAAGAAGAUAUUGAAAUUGCUGUGGGAAUUUGACUGAACCUCUGGGAACUGCCCAGGGAGUUAUUGUAUAGGGAUGUCUUAGUAUUCAAACUAACACACAGCUGUUUAGCGACUAAUUAGUCCCUGGACAGCAAAGUCACAACCAAAGUUGAUAUAGUCAAUUAAACAGAUUAGUUUUAUAUAGAAUGAAUAUACAUGCUUCUUUGCACAAUGCUUACAAUUUAAUAUAUACCGUAAACAGAGAAAUUUUCCUUAGAUUAAUUUUCGCCUGGUGGCUCUCCAUAAUUUAUCUUUACAGCAAAUAUAAAUAGACAGCAUAAUAACCUUAGUAAUUAAAUGUGAAGAUACACAAAAAAAAAAUUGUGCUGAUCACCUUUUGAAGAACUGCAUGGGCCCAGGUUUUAUAUAACUCAAUGGUAACCUUUGGUAUCACUUUGUAUAGAUAAAUCAUUGAUAUGAUCCUUUAUGCUUCCAUUUUAAAAUAAACAUCAAGCAUUUAAUAUUGAUGCUAAGAAACAGGAUUCUGAUCAUGAGAGCCACUAUCAUACAUUCAGUGACAGUCAUAACUUAUACUGAUAAACUUAUAAGUGUGAAAAAAUAAUGUUCUUUGACCUGUAUAUGUCUGGUAUACAUUAUGCAUGUACAUGUACUUUAAUGUAGAACAGUAUACUUUUAUGUUUUCAACUCCCAACAGAUUGCUGGCCUUUUUACAUGUAAUUAGAAACAAAUGCACAAUUUUAUGUAUUUAUAUAUGUUUGCCUUUUAAAUAUGUCUCCUAAAUAAGGGCUGCUGUUGUAUAGUAUAUAUACUAAUACAGGUUAAAUGUACACUGUUUGGAGUUCUGAGCUAUAUAUCUGAGUGCUUGCCGUUAUACCUAUAUAUAUCAUUGUAAAUGACAUUGUGAAAAGUUUGUAUCAAUUUGAUUAUAGUUAAUUUUAAAUUUUUGAAAUAAACUAUUUUCAUAAUUUU